AUGACAAUGGGCAUGCAGCUCACCAUCUUUGCUAACAUGCUGGGCAUGCUACUCUUCUUGCUUGUCGUUUUUUAUCACUAUGUGACCAUCAAUAAUCCCAAGAAACAGGAAUGA